GUGAGCUAUGUUAACAAUGCAAUCAAAUUAUUAUGGUACACGAAUUGAUUCGCGUCUUGUUAAUGGUUCCAUUUUAAAUGCACAAUUAACUAAUUAUUCACAGAAUCCACAAUCCGCGGCACAUCAACAACCGUCACAACAACAACAUCAUUAUCCUUCACAUCAACAACAACAACAUCAUCAACAGCCACAACUGUCACAAUCACAAACUCCACAUGAAUUACGUUUACCGUCUGUUAUAUCACCGACAACCUCAACUAAUAAUAAUAACAAUAAUAAUAACGAUUCAACAAAUUGUUCAGAUCUAAUUAAUAAUCCCAAUUCAUCCCCGGAAGAAGAAUCACAUCAUUUUCCAUUAUCAACAAGACAAUUAACAUUAAGACGUAAUAAAAUCACUGAUAAUCAAAAUUGGGGACAAACUAAUAUUGAUUGUAAUAUGAAAUUAGGUUAUCCUGCUACUACUAUUACUACUACUAAUACAACAGCAGUACAAUCACCUAAUACGACAACUAAUGAAGAAUUAUCAUCAAGAUCAACACGUUUACAUUUGAAUUGCACAGCAACUAAUGAUCAUUCUUCAGUGGAUUCUUCACCAUCACCUACUACUAAUAUUAAAACAACUUUAACUAAUCAUAAUCACAAUAAUAAUAAUAAUAAUAAUAAUAAUAAUAAUAAUAAUCAUACAAAUCUUAUCAAUCAACAAUUUUAUACUGAUAUGAAUUUAAUACGACAAUCAAAUGAUUUAAUUUGUUCUACUGCUUCAAAUGUAGUCAUGUAUGGACGUAAUGGAGGACCAAAAGAAUUAGAUUAUUUAUUGGCCGCGAAUGCAGCUGCUGCACUUGUUAGUCAACUUGGUAAUGUCCAGAAUACUAAUAAUAGUAAUAACACUAAUAAUAGUAAUAAUAAUCAUUCAUCAAUGAAUAGUUUAAAUUCAAAUUUAACUAUGGAACAAUUAAAUGCUAAUUCUACUAAAUUAAUACAUCGUGAUAUGAAUUCAUUAGAAUCAUUGACAGGGAAAAAUUUAUUCAUGACAAAUGAAUUGAGGUAUAACACUGCUACUACUACUAAUAAUAAUAAUAGUAAUACUAUUAAUGGAAACACGAAUAGCCAUGAUAAUCAUACAAAUAUCCCAUUAUAUGAUGAACAUCAACGUUUGAUGUAUUCUAAUGGUGCAGAACAAAAAUAUUCUCAUUCUAAUUCAUUAAAAUCAUAUCCCAGUAGUUUAUUGAAUCCUUUUAAUGGUACAAAUUUUAUGCAUUCAACAUUACAUCCAAAUUCAUUAAUCACUCGUCAUUCAAAUAGCAAUAAUAAUAAUAAUAACACGAAUUCAUUUCAAUUGAAUGCCACAAAUGAUGUCAGUAAUAACAAUACUACUAAUCAUAGUAGUAGCAAUAAUAGUAGUAUAAAUGAUUCACGUUCACAUCUAUAUGAUAUUACAUCAUUCAAUUCAAAUAAUCCAUAUUCUUUAACAAAUACACUGAAUUUUAAUUCACGUUCUAUGCAUAAUCAAACUAUGAUUAUAAAUGAUUCAAUGAAAUUAAAUGGAAAUUUAACAUUACAUGAUACAAAUUAUCAUACUUUAUUAAAUGGUUCCUCGUCAUCCUUAUCAACAUCAACAUCCAUGUUUCGAUCACUGGUGAAUUCAGAGAAUCAACAAUAUUUGAAUAAUACUACGAGUAAUAUGUUAAUGAAUUCAUCAUUGGACAAUAAUGGUAAUAAUAAUAGUAAUAAUCACCAUUUAACAUUGAAUGAUAAUAGUAAUGAUUGCACUGGACAAUCAUUAUUACAUCAAAGUGGUAAUAAUUCAAAUGAAUCUAAUGUAGUUGUUUAUCCUUGGAUGAAUCCUAAAGGAACUGAUAUUACUGUAGAUCAAAAACGUACACGACAAACUUAUACACGUUAUCAAACUUUAGAAUUAGAAAAAGAAUUUCAUUUCAAUAAAUAUUUAACACGUAGACGAAGAAUUGAAAUAGCACAUACGCUUACAUUAACAGAAAGACAAAUUAAAAUUUGGUUUCAGAAUCGAAGAAUGAAAUGGAAAAAAGAUCAUAAUAUAGCUAAAUUAAAUGGUCCUGGUACAUUGGAACAACUUGAAUUAGCUGAACAAGGUUCAACUAUUUCAACAAUCGGUAGAAAAAAUAAACAUAAAAGUUCAUCCAUGUGUGAUGAUGAUAGUGAUGAUGAAUGCAUAAAACGUAAACGAUUAUCUAUUGAAGAAUUUGGUCCAUUAGAUACAAUUACCACUGGUGGACUUAUGAUGGAGAAUAAUACAUUUUCUACAAAUCAUAAUAUUUCUUCUAAUAAAGGAAGAAAUUUUAAAACAAAUUACAUGUUAACAACACAACGACAUAAAUUACGUCCUAUUCAUCGUGGUAAACAUGAUGGUGUUGAUGAAGAUGUUGAUGACGAUGAUGAUGACGAAGAUGAAGACAACGAACAAGAAGAAGGACGAGGAGGAGAAGAGGAAGAUGAAGAAAUCGACGGGGAUGAAGAAGAUAAUCAUGUAAUUACUGAAGAGCUGAAUAGAGCACGUAGAAAAGAACAUCAUCGAACAAUGAUGAAUGUAUCAAAUAAACAACAUUCAUGGUCUUUAGGUCAAUCAGAAAAACUUGGUAAUUUUCAUGUUUCCGAGAAUAUUUAUUUAAAAUCUCAACAAACUGGGACUAAUGCUGAAAAUUUAAUGUUUCGUAAUGAAUGUGACAAAAAUUGGCAUUCUUAA